AUUUCCGAUCAGCUUCUUUCGCUGCUUCCCCUGUAAUUCGUGGGGAAUCAGCAAAAAUCAUCGUAGAUGUAACGCAAUUCGUUGCCAGUAAGGGGCGACGAGUUCGUGAUCGAGAAAGCAGGUCUAGAUCGUCCGAUCUGUAAAUAGGGAAGCUCGAGCUCGAUUCUUCCUGACUCAGGAUCGAGAUAUUCGAUUUGUCGGGAGAGGCUCGAAUUUCAAGAGCGCAGUAGCAGUCGGGAUACAUCGCGGAGUGAUCCGUCCAUCGCAAGUCGCAGCGAGCAUCCGAGUCCGCAGAGAGCCGAGCCGAGAUCGUGGGACCCCCCGCUCUGUACUCCGUGUGCUGCCUCCGCACACCAACACACAUUACACACCGUCCUCCUCCUUCUCCGCAAACGGCAAAUGCUGAGCUCGGCAGCUCCGUUCAUAAGUAUACGCUAUAUAUGAGCCAAACUAAACGUAAUUAGGAAUUUGUCUUCCAUCGCCUCGACUUACAUACAUGUAUUGGAAGCCGUUGAGAGUGGCACUUGGGUAAGUGUAGCGGAUGACUGCACGUACGAUGUAUAUUAUUUACUGUCGACUCUUAGAGUGACGACUGAGUCUCGAGUCUCGUCGACCACCGCAGCCCGCAGGCUUACAGCAGUAUACGUCUGUGUAGUGUGUAGCGUGUAUAUAGCGACUAGCGCCAAUUCUCACUCCUAUAAACGAGUCAGCAGUCGUUCUUGUAUGCCGUACACGAGUGCUGUAGUGCUUAUUUGCUUUGGAAUUAGAAGAAGCUGGAUAACCAAAGCACAGCAGCAGAUGAGUGCCUUCCUAGUGUUUACAUGUGUUGAUAGUGUACACCUCGCUGCUGAUCCGCGAUCGCUACGGCUCAUACAAAAGCCGAUACUGCAUCAGUGCAGUAGUGAAUAAUCGUGGCGUGCGUAAUCGUUCGGUGACGACUCGACGACUCGAGUUUUAUCUCGGCAGUCGCGAUGUGUCUGUGUAUUCAAGAUUGUAGAUGUAAUUAAUUAUCGAAUCGAGGGAACUAUGCUCGCGGCUCUUAUCGUUGUCGUUGCUCUGCAGGGCCAAGCAUAACACGAGCAGAGCCAACCUGUUAUCGCGCUCGUUAUACCUGCACUGUGCAGCUGCAGCCGAUACACAUCAAAGCGCCAACUGCGCUUAGUUCGGGAUCCAGCGAGAUCGCCGAGUGAAAGAUCCUAUUUUGCAGUCUACAUAGGCCUUGCGUAUAAUACGCUUGUGUGUAUACGCUCGCACGUAUACGAUCGUGCGGCUGCUCGCUGCACUGGGCAGUCUGCACUUGUGAGCAACUGGUGUUGGUUCGCUAUACUCGCUGCAGUAGCAUUGGCAGGCUGCUGUUUUUCAUUUUACUGUGCAAACGAGCAUUUGACUGGCAUCUAUAUGCUCGUCGAGCGAUUCGAGCAUCACAAUGAUGACAAUGACAUGGAAGAAGCUCAAGGAGUAUCAGAUGGGCGUUGCCAUCUACAACUUCACUCAAGAAGGAGAAUUUCGAUUGCUCCUCAGCGUUGGCGACGCUGUCACAAUAAAACGAGAAUGCCAAGAAUGGUACUAUGGUUGCAAAAAACACGAAAAGAAAUAUGGAAUUUUCCCGAAAUCUUACGUCUGUAUUAUACAAAAAAAUCCAAGUUUAGAACCAUUUAUGAGCGAAAUUACAAACGUUCUCAGGGAAUGGGGAAUUUACUGGAAAAAUCUUUAUGUUCAACGCUCAGAGAAUUUUACUGUAAUGAGAGAGUUAAUCCUAGAAGUUGCAGAGUAUCGUGUCAAAAUUUUAAGUGGCACAUUAACAGUUGAUGAAUUGAAGGAUAUGAAACGAUUAGCCACAUCUAAAAUUGACAGUGGUAACCAAUUGCUAGGACUUGAUAUGGUCGUAAGAGAUGAACAUGGUAAUAUAUUAAAUCCAGAACAUACUAGCACGGUGCAAUUAUAUUACCAGCAUGAAAAUGCCACUGAGAGAAUUAGAAAAGCUGCUAUUGAAACCAAAAAGAAACCAACCAAACCACAAGCACCAGUUUACUCUUACAUAUUUUUUGUUAAUAUUAGAAAUUUUGUAUGUAAAAUGAUCGAAGAUGUUGAACUGCUACUUACCUUGUACGAUACUAAAGAAAACAGAGCUAUUACGGAAAAUUAUGUUUUUUCGUGGAGUAAACAAGGCCUCAUGACAGAUAUCGACCAACUACAUAAUCUCAAAGUUUUAUUCACGGAUCUUGGAAGUCGAGAUUUAUCUAGAGAAAAAGUUUAUUUAGUUUGUUACGCUGUUAGGGUUGGAAGCAUGGAAGUUAAAGAGAUUGAUCAAAGACGUUCCGGUUCAUUGCAAAAUCAAAAAAACAAAGGUCAAGAAAAUAUGAGAAGGCCUUUUGGAGUUGCUGCUAUGGAUGUAACUGUUUUUAUAAAUGGUAAAUUAGAAGGUGAUCCAGAAGUUGAACACUACAUACCCUUUUUGCAUUGUGAAAAAGAAAGUUUAGAUGCAACAUUGAAGCGGUUUUUUACUCAAAAAGAAGUUAGUUUACAAAAAAAUAGUAUUGGAAAUCAUGUUGGUGAAGGUUUGUGGUGCAGCUUAAAAUUGUUGAGAGGUGAUAUCAAACAGGUGAGAGAUGAGAACCCACAUUUAGUUCUUGGCAAUGUAUCAGUUGCACGCAAAAUGGGAUUUCCUGAAGUAAUAUUACCUGGAGAUGUUCGAAAUGAUUUAUACUUGACAUUAGUAAGUGGGGAAUUUAGUAGAGGUUCUAAAUCUACAGAUAAGAAUGUUGAAGUCACAGUAAAAGUAUGCAAUGAAGAAGGUGUUGCUAUUCCUGGAGUUAUUUCUCUUGGUGGUGGUGGGAAUAAAAUUAAUGAAUACCGUAGUGUCAUUUAUUAUCAUGAAGACAAACCAAAGUGGUAUGAAACAUUCAAAAUUGCUGUUCCAAUAGAAGAGUUCAAAUUAGCACAUUUGAAAUUUACUUUUAAACAUCGAAGCUCAAAUGAAGCUAAAGAUAAAUUAGAAAAACCAUUUGCUAUGAGUUACGUGAAACUCAUGCAAUCUAAUGGUACCACAUUACAAGAUAAAGAACAUGAAUUGCUAGUAUACAAGAUUGACAAUAAAAAAUACGAUGAAAAUGAUACCAAUUAUUUGAAACUUCCAUCUACCAAAGAUGAAAUGAAUGCAAUGAAUUUAGAAAAAAAGCCAAGUUUAGGUUUUAUUAGUUUAUCUUCAAAAGAUAACUUUUUGAUAAAUACAAAUGUUUGUUCGACCAAGUUAACACAAAAUGUUAAAUUAUUGGGAUUAUUGAACUGGUGUGGUUCCAAUACAGAUUUAAAAGAGUCACUUUUAGCAUUAAUGAAGGUAGAUGGUGAAGAAGUUGUAAAAUUUCUACAGGAUGUUUUAGAUGCUUUGUUCAAUAUAUUAAGAAUGUACACAGAUAGCAAUGACUACGAUGACAUCGUUUUCGAGUGCCUUUUAUACAUAAUUUCCUUAGUGUCUGAUCGAAAAUAUCAACACUUUCAGCCAGUUUUAGAUUUAUAUAUUUCUGAAAGUUUUUCUGCAACUUUAGCAUAUAAAAAGUUGAUAGCUGUUUUAAAAAAGCGAAUCGAUAAUGCGAGUGAAUGCAGUCCAGCUGACAAAGAUAUUCUUUUAAAAACGAUGAAAAAUUUACAAUACUGUAUGCGAUUUAUCGUUGAGUCUCGUUUGUUGUUUAUAGCAUUGCACGAAGACGACGAAGAAUUUUCGCAAAGUUUAACCGAUUUGUUAAGAUCGAUCGUUGAACUGAUGAAGUACAAAGCCGAUGCCGUCCUACUAGUACAAGGAGCUUGUCUUAAAUACUUGCCAUCUACGAUACCGUAUUUACUAAAGGUCUACAGCGGUAAGCAGUUGAGCAUGAUACUGAUCGAUUUGUUGGUCACCCUGCCAGUUGGCAGAUUGACCAAGCAAAAGAUGAUGACAGUCAAUGAUAUUGUGCAUAGUCAAUUAUUUUUGACUGUCGAGUGUCGGCAAAUUCUGCUACCGCGGAUCACAAUUCUUGUUCGAGAUUUAUUGGAAACCAAAGAGGAGGGACUGUCGGGCACACCUGGCAAGAGUGUGGCAAAGGUAGCCAGGCUGCUCGGUGAAAAUAAGCAUCGACUGAACCAGCAUCGUGGCUAUUCUGAAGAGGUUGAACUGUGCGUUAAAAUUUUGUCGGAUGUUUUGGAUCUAACGUUUCGCAAAGACAUCGGUUCUACCGUUUCUGACAUCAAGGAAAUCAUGUUGACGACCCUGAGGACCAUCAUUCAAACAUCGGUGAAUAUGGACAAAGAAAAUCCUUUAGUCGGAAAUCUGGUCUCGGUCAUGCUGUCUAUAUUUAGGCAAAUGAAUCAGCAGCACUACGAGAUAUACAUUCAGCACUUCGGCACGCAGUACGAUCUUUUGGACUUUUUGAUGGAAGUACUGAUGGUCUUUAAAGAUCUGGUGUCGCGAAAUGUUUUUCCAAGUGAUUGGUGUGAUAUGAUCAUGCUUCAGAACAGCGUGAUACUGAAAGCCAUGCGUUUUUUUGCCGCCACAAUUCGCGAAUUGUUCAACGCCGAAUUCGAGUACCAAGUGUGGUCAAACUUCUUUUACUGUGCCAUCGCGUUCCUCACUCAGCCGGCGUUGCAGCUGGAAACCUUUUCGCAGACCAAGUACAAACGCAUCAUCGAGCGUUACAAAGACAUGCGCUGCGACACGGCCAUGGAAAUUCAUAAAAUGUGGAUCAAUCUUGGAGGGCGAAAAAAGCUCUUUGUGCCCGAAUUAGUUGGUCCCAUUCUUGAAAUGGCUCUCAUACCCGACAAUGAACUGAGAAAAGAAGCUGCUAUUCCUAUAUUCUUCGACAUGAUGCAGACUGAAUUUUACAGUCCUAAAAACGACGAAGGAUUCAAUACAACCGGUCGGAAGAACAAAGUCAAAGCGAAUUUCAAUGACUUUGAAAAUGAAAUGAUCGCCAAACUCGACAUUUUGGUCGAAGGUGGCAAAGGUGACAAAGAUUUUCGUGAUAUUUGGUUGAAAGAAAUGACACCGUUGUGUGAAAAUCAUAGUAUAUUGCGUGAGCCAGGUUUGCGUUUCGUAAAUAUUGUAGCUAGAUUGUUGGACCAUUUGUUGCAAUAUCGUGAUAUUAUAAAUACCGAGUCUCAGGAGCAUCGCAUGCUGUGCACUGUUAAUCUUUUGGAAUUUUACUCUGAGAUCAACAGAAAUGAAAUGUAUAUAAGAUAUGUAAAUAAACUGUGUGAACUACAUCUGGAAUGUGAUAAUUUUACUGAAGCUGCUUACACGCUACAACUUCAUAGUCAACUUUUAACCUGGAGUGAUAAAAAUUUAUCGCCAUUGCUCAAGUCGAGCAGAUAUCCCAAGUGCCAAACGCAUCGCGAAUUAAAAGAGUGCCUUUAUAAUGAUAUUAUAGAUUAUUUUGAUAAGGGAAAAAUGUGGGAAUCUGCCGUGGGUGUUUGCAAAGAAUUAGCUGCACAGUAUGAAGAAGAAACGUAUGAAUAUUUGCAACUAUCGGCACUUUUACAACGAAUGUCAAAGUAUUACGAUUCGAUUGUAAAGCAACUCAGGCCAGAACCUGAAUAUUUUCGGGUUGCUUAUUAUGGACGGGGCCAUCCAGCCUUUUUACAAAACAAAGUUUUUGUAUAUAGAGGCAAAGAAUACGAAAGAUUAAGCGAUUUUUGUUCAAGAAUGCUUAAUCAGUUGCCAAACGCUGAACAAAUGAUGAAAUUGUCUCCUCCUAGUGAAAAAGUAAUGGAAUCUAAUGUCCAGUAUGUGCAAAUUUGCAAAGUUGAUCCUGUGAUGGACGAAAAGAAACACAGAUUAAGUGGCAAACCAGUUACUGCUGAACCUGUUUUAAGAUAUCAUCGUGUUAAUAAUGUUCAGAAGUUCCGCUUUUCACGACCAGUUCCAAGAAAAGAUAUCAUAGCAAUGAAUGGUGAAAAAGAAAAAGAACCAAGUAACGAAUUUGCCUCUUUAUGGUUAGAAAGAACUGUAUUGGCAAUCAGUCAUUCAUUGCCAGGUAUUCUCAGAUGGUUCCCAGUUACAUAUAGUGACACUUACUUAGUGAGCCCUCUUCGUAAUGCUAUUGAAACUAUGGAAGCUACCAAUGCAACUCUAAGAGAUUUAAUCAUCUCAUACAGAGCUGACACGAGUCUUCCUUUAAAUCCAUUAAGUAUGAAACUCAAUGGAGUAUUAGAUCCAGCUGUUAUGGGUGGAAUUGACAACUAUGAAAAAGCAUUUUUAAAUGCAGAAUAUCGUGACUCUCAUUUGGAAGAUGCUCAAGAUUUAGCUAAACUAGAAAAUUUAAUUGCUGAACAAAUUCCUUUAUUGGGCGUUGGAGUAAAAAUACAUAAAGCUAGAGCAUCCGUAGAUCUUGCGCCUUUCCAUCAACAUUUAGAACAGUGUUAUGCUGCAAUGCGUACCCAGGUUGAAGCUCGAUAUGGAAAAAGAACAUGCGACUUGCAAGCAGAAGUAAGCACUCCUUAUGUAACUAUGAGAAGAAAUGUAAUUAAAGGAGAAAAUAACAGACUCUCAGAGACUAGCAUAGGAAGCAAUGAUGUUGACAAAAGAACCAAAGUUGCUUCACCCGCAAGAUCACAAGUAGGCGCUCUCAAAUCUCUAGCAAGCUUUAAUUUCAACAAUUAUCCUAUCUCGGGAUUACCAAGUGUUGCAUUUACAAGAAAUAGUAGUUCAACUCGUUCUCAUAUAUUAUCGACGACAUCUUUGCACAAGGCCCUUGGAAAUUCCAAUACAGGAACGAACAAAAAGAAAGAUACCAAACGCCGUAGCAAUAGAAAAAGUGAAGCUUCAGUGACUCCUAAAGCAGAACAACCUACGAGUCAGUGGUACACAACACCGGAGCCAACAAUCCAGAGCCAAUCAUCACCUUUAAUUUCAGCUUCAACGCCAAGUCUUCCUUCAACCCCUGUUUUCGAACUGAGACAAGAAUUAACGCCUAAAAGACCUCUGCGAUCAGAGGCUGAAAAAGAGCGACGUCUUAGUAAUCGUUGGUCUGGCCAAUCACAAACGUAUUUGCGAUCGACAAGUAAUGGACUUGACACUCAGAGUCUUGGUAAAGGAAAUCGUGAUAGCAUUGGCACAACUGAUAGCACAGCUUCAGAAGAUGACCCACCACCACCAUUACCACUCAAAACUCGCGAAGUUGAUUAUUGCAAUUUACCUGAUGAUGCUUUGAGUUCAUGUUCGUUCAAUUAUUGUAGCACGAGUAGUUUAGCGAGUAUAACUCGUUCUGUUGUAUAUAGACCAAAAAGCAAAAUGCCCAUACCUACAGACAGUCUUGAUGGCCAAAACAUUAAACCACCUACACCUCCUCCAAAACCCAAGAGAAACAAUCUACCUAAAGCUGCUGUUACUGUUACUGCAACACCUGCAUUUGCUUCUCCAAGUGACUCUGAGAGCUCAAAUCAGGACUCUUUAGCAGCGUGACAAUUUUCGCAGCCAUACUUUGUAAAAAUAUUGCUUAUUUUUUAAUUCUAGAGUAGGCUUUUUAUAAUAGAUUUGAUAUAAUUUAUCACAAGAACAUAAACAUGUAUUCAUAUAUUUUUUGUACGAAUGAUUUAUAUUAUGCGUUGCAGAAGUCUUAUUGGCAAAUUUAAAUUUUUAUGACUUAAUUUUUAUAUUAAUAAAGAUAUUUGCCAAAUCGUUAUUAAUGAACCAUGACCAUUAGAUUUUGACAAGUUUUAGAAGAGAAUUUUAGAGUUUAUUAGAAUUAAAGUGGAAGUUUUUCACGAUUUUAUUCAUUAUGACAAGCCAGAUAAAAUUGUUCUCAACAUUGUUAUAUUUUAUAUUGCAGGAAAUGCAAUUAGUAAAAUUAGCCAAUUGUGUCGUUUAUAAAAUGUGAGUUUUUACAAAAAAUGUGCAAUAACUACGAUUAUAUUUGCUUAAGAUUUUAUGUUUAGAAUAAUUGUAAGAUUGAAAAUACCAUUUUCUAAUUCGUUAGUACGUAAUCAUUAAACACUAUUAACUUUCAUUUGUCAUACCAAAGAAAUUACUAUUGUUUAUUUUUGUUCCUUGAUUGUUCAAGGUAAUAAACACAAAUUUUUAUUACAAUGAAAGCAUAUUACCGAGGUUCUAUUAACGUACGUAUUAAUCAACGCCAUUUCAGAAUGUAAUUAAAAUUAACAUAGUUCCCCUAGUCUUAGUUUCAUAUCAUAUUUUCAAAACACUCAUGUGAAAUUUAUGACAAAAUUUUAAAUUAUAGUGCCAUUUACCGAGGCAGAAAGCUUUUGUAGUUAGAUUUUGUAUAGGGACCAAAAGGCUAUGAUAAUUUUAAGAAAAUUUUUUAGAGUUUUCUCACUUAUUGUUAAUCGUAUCAAUUUAUGUAUAAUAUAGAUUUAUUAUUUCAAAGCACA